ACAACGGACACCUUUAGUAUCCACACAACUGCCACAUAGACAAACAUUUCCAAGCGUGACUGAAAAAAAUGCAGGGCACACAGUGAACAUUUUAAUGGACAUAAUAAACUGGAUGCCUGCCGUGGAUAGGAAGUGCCGGGGAACACAGUCACUACAGAUGGACUCACUGUGCAAGUCAAAGGCAGAAAAGACUUCAAACUGGGCACCAGAGCGGGCUCCCUGCGGCUGGAAUCCGCGCUGUUACUCCUUCAAGCAUCCGACUCUUCAUUAAGACCAUCCGCUGAGAGAAACCAGGGAAAUUAAAGGAUUAGACAAACAACAGGAGUCCGCUGAUAUGGAUUUUGUCACGCAGAAACCCCUUCUGCGCAAGCGCGCAGGCACGUCUCCUCCCUCUACCUGAGGAGAGCGCACCUUGAUCCAACGAGACGGAAGUUUUUUUUGAGGGCAGAAAAGAGCAAAUCUUUGUGUUCCCCAGUAGAAAUUUCGUUUGGAGUUCGAAGAACAAACACAAGACCUCCAGUCGAAGCAGGAUGCCGUGCAAUGGAUUUUAAAAGAACGGUGUAAAGGGCUUCUCCAACCUUUAUCUGUAGUUCGGCGACUCAUGCUGAAUCUCAGUCCAAAGUCAGCCUGCUCUCCAUUCAAAAAGAAUGACAACUCUCCGCAGAGUCCUCCGAAGGAGAUUGCACCCACUUAAACUGGUGAUAGUGGCCCUUGUCUUUGUCACAUUUGUGUUCCUAAUACAAUGGGAAGUGGGGAGCCAAAGCCAACAGGAGGACCCCUGGCUGAAGGAGAUGGCAGUGAAGCGGGACACCAUGCUGGGCAUGGUGAUGGGAGCUGUCAAUAACUUCAGGGAUGCCAUGCCAAAGAUGCAGAUCAGAGCCCCUGUACGUCAGCAGGACAAACCAGACGGUAUGUCCUGUCUGCCAGGUCACUACACUGCCACUGAACUCAGGCCAGCUCUGGAGCGGCCACCUCAGAGCCCUCUUGCUCCCGGAGCUGCUGGUAAACCUUUCCAUACAGACUCACUGAGCCCCGAAGAACAGAAGGAGAAGGAGAGGGGUGAAGAGAAACACUGCUUCAACCUGUACGCCAGUGACCGCAUCUCUUUGAGCAGAGACCUGGGUGCAGACACAAGACCACCAGAAUGUAUUGAGCAAACCUUCAAGCGAUGCCCCCCCUUGCCGACCACCAGUGUGAUAAUUGUGUUUCACAAUGAGGCUUGGAGCACCCUGCUAAGGACAGUAUACAGUGUCCUCCACACCUCCCCUGCCAUUCUCCUCAAGGAGAUCAUCCUGGUGGACGACGCCAGCGUGGAUGAUGUGUUGAAGGACCAGCUGGAUGAGUAUUUGAAGCAGCUGAGCAUUGUGCGAGUUGUCCGACAGCGAGAGAGGAAAGGACUCAUCACGGCCCGGCUGCUGGGUGCCUCCGUGGCCACUGGUGACACACUCACCUUUCUGGAUGCCCAUUGUGAAUGCUUUCAUGGAUGGCUGGAGCCUCUGCUGGCAAGGAUAGCAGAAAACUACACUGCAGUUGUCAGUCCUGACAUAACCACUAUUGAUCUCAAUACCUUUGAGUUCAUGAAACCGUCCCCAUAUGGCCAGAACCACAACCGGGGCAACUUUGACUGGGGCCUGGCUUUUGGCUGGGAGAGUCUCCCAGAUCAUGAGAGAAAAAGGAGGAAGGAUGAAACCUACCCUAUCAGGACUCCCACAUUUGCUGGUGGGCUUUUCUCCAUCUCAAAAGAAUAUUUCUACCAUAUAGGGAGUUAUGAUGAAGAAAUGGAAAUCUGGGGUGGGGAAAAUAUUGAAAUGUCAUUUAGGGUGUGGCAGUGUGGAGGACAGCUGGAGAUCAUCCCUUGCUCCAUCGUUGGUCAUGUUUUCCGCACAAAGAGCCCCCACUCCUUCCCCAAGGGUACGCAAGUGAUUGCUCGCAACCAAGUACGACUGGCUGAGGUGUGGAUGGACGACUACAAAGAGAUUUUUUACCGUCGUAACCAGCAAGCUGCGCAGAUGGCAAAAGAUAGGACAUUUGGAGAUAUCUCUAAACGCAUGGACCUUCGCGCACAGCUGCAGUGCAACAGCUUCUCCUGGUAUUUGAAGAACGUUUAUCCAGAAGUCUUCAUGCCUGAUCUCAACCCACUCCGCUUUGGCUCUGUGAAAAAUGUGGGCAAAGACUCAUGUCUGGAUGCUGGAGAAAACAAUGAGGGUGGGAAACAGCUGAUCAUGUACCCAUGUCAUGGACUAGGAGGAAACCAGUAUUUUGAGUACUCCACACAUCACGAGAUCAGACACAACAUUCAGAAGGAGCUGUGUUUGCAUGGGGCAGAGGGGGCAGUGAAGCUGGAGGACUGCCAGUAUAAAGGCAGGAACACAUUUGUAGGAGCAGAGCAAAAAUGGGAACUGAAGGAUAACCAGUUAUUCUACAUCCCAGGACUGAACAUGUGUCUCAGUGCCCGUCUUGAGCAUCCUACUCUCACCAUCUGCAACCCCUCAGACAGAUACCAGCUGUGGUCCUUUGUCUGAGUGUGAAAACUACCACUUCACAAAUAGUUAUUCUGUAUGCAUAGGCAUACUAGGACCACAAGUAUAAUAUAUUGUAUGCAGUUAAUAUGCAAUUGUUUUUUGUUUUUUUAGAUCAAUGACAUUGAGUUUUUAUUUAUUUUUAUACAUAGAAGAAUUGAACUGCUGCUGCUGGAAAGUUUGGAUUUUGAGGGAAAUACAUUGUGCAACUGCUGGAAGGAAGCAAUGAAAUAAUACCCCCAAUCAGACUGUGAACUGAGAUUUGUAGAGCAAUGAAGAUGCAUUGUGUUGACAAGUGCCUCUUUUGUGUUUGAGAUGUUUUCACUACUCCAAGUCUUCACAACCAUCACAUUAUAUACCGUUAUGUAUAUAAAGCCAAACACUGUAUAUUUUUCACAGAGACAUGUAUAUGAAUCCAAAACAUAAAGCACAGUAGAUCUUGUAUAUUGUAAACAAGAGGUUAAACACAUAAAAAUCCAUAAUGUUAAGCACCAAAGAAACUAAGAGUGAAAAUCUGAAACACACAGUUAUAGUGUGCAUUGUCCCUUUUUACUUUUUUUUUUUUUUUUUAAGUUUAUUUGGUACCGUCCACUGCCUUGGAUGUAAUUUUAUUCUGGGUGGGAGAAGUGGUUGCAGGAUGAUGGUGGAAUGGGUGGUGGUAGGGUGGAAUUGUAGCAAUUUUUCGUUUAUGCAGAAAAUCGGCUUGUACAGUGUUGUUAUCAAAAGGUUCUUCAGAUCAUGGUUGAAGUUGACUUUCAAGUAUUUAAUUCAGUUAUUUCUUGAGGUAACUUUUUUAGCCUCCAAACUCUUAAGACUUUUGCUAUACAAAGAGACAUUAAGAGAGAAGAAUGAUCAUUUGAGUGCUUGUUUGGAUCUGUAUGUUGAGAGAAAGUGAAUUGACCCUUCAACAUAAAUUUUAUUAAGUUAGUUCAAACACCAGACUUCAGUGUUCAUUUCAAGUGCUUGUUACCACAAGAACACGUCACAGCAUGUGUGUAGUCAAGCAUCGUGAGUGAUUUUUAAGAUGUAUCUUUCUUCAGAUCUCUUAAUUGUGUCAGUGUUUACCUGUAUUAUUUAAAGUUUUAUUCUUUGGUGUUUUAAAAUGGAACUUUUAAUGUAAAAUUAAUGCACCCAAGGUACUACAUUUGCUGAUCAAAAGCCUGAAACUUUCCCUCAUGCAUCUAAGCAGGAGUCCACAAAUGAAUUUCUGGUGCAGGCACUAGUGUUUAGAUGGCUGUGGAAUGUUGUAAGUUACUAUUGCUAUUAUUAUGUUUGUGAAUGGGUGAGGAAUAGAUCAAAUUUGAGUAUUUUCCUGAAAUGGAAACUGGUGUUGUCAAAAGUGCCUUGGUAUUAAGAUGUGUUAUUUUGAGCUCAAUAAAUUCAGUUGGGUAGUA